GCAGUCGAGUAUUGAUUCGGCCGGCUGCACCGCCUUUCCUACGGCAGGAUCACCGGAUUCUAAAACUAGACGAUUCGCCAUGGAAACUUACCUAAGAAGUAUCACCGACCGAAUUAAACCGAUUUUGGAACAGGCUAUGAAAUUACAGGUUCAUACCUUCUUACCCUACGACAGGAUAGAAGCACUGCUGAUCCUAACAGCCCCAGCCCUCAGGAAAUCAUUCACCAUGCAUAUUCUUGAUGAAUAUGGUGGAGGUGGAACAUUAUGUUCACCUGGCGCAGAUAACGAUAUCCUUAUCGAAUCGCUCAAGACCAAGCUACCCGACGCCAUCUUGCUGUUGGUUAAAUCGAACUUUCCACAGAAUGUCGAUAUACAAUUGAACGCCCUUAUCUAUAUUGGAUUACCUGUAGUCGGUAAGAUUAUCAUACAUUUGGAUGAAAAUUUGGACUGUACGGGACAACCUUUCAUGGGAGAGUUGCCGAAGCCAAUCGAUGAAUACAGGCCUAGAUUUAGCAGGUACGUGCCCCCAGAGUCCUUAGCGAGGAGUAUUGAUGAAAUUCUAGAUGAUGACGCUUCUUCGUCACUUCCCGAACCGAUUUAUCAGGUGGAUUUUGGCCAAAUAGAUAAAUCUAGCCCUAAUAAAACGUCAAAAUAUUCCAAGUUUGUGUGCCUAUCUUGCGAUAAAGUUUACGAAGAUGUCGAUGAAUACCGGGAUCAUGUACUCUAUCAUCUUAAAGAUAUCGAAAAAGUACUCGCUUCGACUUACGUUGAAACAGUUGAUUGUUCAGGAGAUACAAAGUUAUAUGUGUGUAAAAUGUGUGAUACAAGAUUUGAGUCUUUGAAGACAGCUGGGGGCCAUGUUCGACAUCGCCAUCUACCGAACGUCUCAACGCAAUCUUCUUUAACUUGUCCACUUUGCUUAAAUAAGUAUAAAUGUGUCUAUGACUGUGUCUAUCAUAUAAAGACAAGUCAUUUAAAAGAAAAGAAUUAUGAAUGCCGAUUUUGCCAGAGGAAAUUCGCUCAAAAAUGCAACAUGACUAAACAUAUAAAAGAUUCUCAUGAACAAGAAUUGGCCCUACCUCUUCCUCAUACAGGUUUACCAUCUUCAUCUUCGUCAUCUUCAUCAUCUUCACAUAGGCCAACAAAGAGUGUAAAGCCUAUACCAGUAAGUCCUAAAAAGGAUAAGCUUGAAAGGCUUAUUGUUAAGAUAAAGAAAUCUUCUCUUGGUCACCACAAAACAGAAUCACCUCAUACAAAUUCUGGUCAUCAUGAAGAACGUCAAAAGUAUGCUCAUGGUAAGAUGCAAUGCUUAGGAUGUAGUAUAAAGUUUGACAAUCAGGAAGAAUUUAAUAAGCAUAUAAAGAUUCAUUUAGCAAAAUUAGAAGCUUAUGUUCCAUCAACGUAUGCUAAAAUUCUGAAAGGAACAACAGGUCAUAAAUUUGAGUGUACGUUCUGUAAAAAUAGAUUUCCAUCUAUCAAAUCUGUUUGCCUACAUAUUGCAAAGAAUCAUUUAGAUAUGAAUGAAAUUAAAGAGAACAGAGAAUGUUUAAUAUGCGGUUUAAAGGGUCGGGCAACAUAUGAUGUUGUUAAGCACAUGGAGGGUGUUCAUCUUAAAGAAAAGCAUACAUGCGCAAUUUGCAGUAAAAUGUUCUCAAGAAAAGCAACUUGGGUUAAGCAUUUAAAAGAAGUACACUCUGCUAAAGAGCCCGAUAGUGAGGAUGACACUCUAACAAUCGCUGUUGAUUCACCAUUAGUAGUAGCUAGUCCGAGUAAGCCCGUAAAAGAAGAAGUUGAAAAUGGUGUUGACGGAGAAGAAGAGAAUGGUGAACUUCCAGAUCCAACUUUAGAGUGUCGUAAAUGCGCAAUGGCCUUUUCUGAUUCAGAAACAUUUAAAGAUCAUGUCCGAGAAGUUCAUUUAGACGAUUUGGAACGUUCUCAACCAGAUAAUUAUGUUGUAAAGGUUUCAAAUGAUUAUUUCGAAGGUUAUCAGUGCGAUAUUUGCAAAGAGAAUUUUAAAACUUACGAAGCGGCUACACUUCAUGCUACUAGACGUCAUUACUUGGCUAAAGAGGAACAACAGUGUCCCGUUUGUUCAAAGACCUUCCAAUCUGUUUCAGCGGUGCUAAGUCAUUUAAGGGGGGCUCAUCUAGCGGAAAACCAAUUUCAAUGCGAGGCCUGUCAUAGAAUUUUUGCUAAAGAGGAAACUCUUAAAAAUCAUACUUGCCAAAAUGCUGCGAACAAAGCAAACAUUCGACUCUCUGCUCCUACUAAUGAUAAUAAAUGUUUACAAUGUGACAAAAUAUUCUCCAAUAAGUGGAAUUUAACAAGACAUAUGGCGGAAAUUCAUCAGAAGAUUAAAAGAUUCUCUUGUAAGAUGUGUCCAAGAACAUUUUCUAGGAGUUGCGAUGGAAUAAAACAUAUGCAACAGAUGCAUCUUAUCGAUAUGUAUAAAUCACCGGAAAAAGGGGAAAAGUGUGAUGUUUGUAGGCAGGAAUUUUCUGAUAAAAUACGACUAUCUGCCCAUAAAAGAUCCAAACAUACUCCAAAGAGGUUCAGAUGUGACGUUUGCGGUAAAAAGUUCAUGUUCCCUUCGGAACAAUAUGUUCAUACGAAUAUGAAACACACAUGGGCUUUGUAGAAAUUUAUAAAACUACAAAAAUUAACUGGAUUUUUGACUAUAUUUCUCAUUUUCCGGUCCUUUUUUAUAUUGGUAUACCUUUUUUCGUAUGUUUACUCUGUGGUUGGUUUUACCGGAAAUCUUCUAUCUUUCUAACUUCCGGCGCAGGUCACUUUGUACAAUUUUCUAAAUGUAUAUAGACAGUUUUAUGUGUAUAUGUUUUUUUUUAGUUAUACAUUUUUGCGUGUCGACAAACCUAAAAUUUUUCUGUUGUCUCGUAUUAAAACUAAUUACAAGAGGAUGUUCUUUUUAAACUACUUGUUAAGCAGAAGAAAUGCAAAAAGUGUCGUGUUAGAUUCGAACCAAGGCUGACAAUUUUGUUAUUUCUAUUCUUCUUUCUUGUCUUAACCUUUUUACAAGGUUAAAAUGAUUAAUGUCCUAAUGAUACAUUAUCUUUUUAAUGUUCUGAAAAAUAAUGUCAUUUCUAUUUUUUUUUAAAUAACCGGUAGAUGGCGGCCAUAGUUAAUGGGUUUCAGGUUCGAAGAGUUUUAUAUACUGAUUGUAAAUGAUGAUAAAUACGUUUUUUGUUAGGUAAAAAAAAGACGCAAACGUGAAUUUUUUUAAAAAA